CCUCCCCCCCCCUUCCCCACUGAGUGCGACGGCACAGCAGCUGUCAAGAGGCGUUUAUUUGUCAGGAGGAACCUCUUCAGGACUACAAGAAAGGCGCCUCUCGAAAAGCACGGUCGCUGCACUAUCGUUCGCGCUUACAGGUGAUACAGCCUUAUCUCGACGAUUGAUCACGAAACUGAGCUUACAGUGCCGUUGUGCUUGUUGCAGUGUUCGCGUGCCCGACCAGCGAGGGACCAUGAAGUUGUCCCCGCUGACACUGAUGCUCCUCGGUGCCUGCUUCUUUGUACCGAGCCACCGAAGCGCACCCACGCACCUUCGCUGGGGCGCGCUGAGGAAAUUCCGGGGAGGCGAGUUUCUGAAAACUGAAUGGCUUACCCAGCACCUUGAGCAGGAUCGGGCGCCGCUGAAAACUGGCAGUCGCAUUCCGUACUGCAGCGCCUGCAAGCUAUCGACAGCCGUGGUGCGGGAGUACUUGCAAGCAGGCUUGCCGGAGUCUAUCAUCAUCACCUUCCUGCAGGGAGCUUGCCACAAUCUGAGCAUCGAAACUCCUCGCGUCUGUGCCGGACUCGUCGAGCGUUUCAAGGAUGAGUUCUUCUACGUGCUAGGACACACAACAAUGAGCCCGGCUGAGAUUUGCGGGAUAGUCUUGCCGGACGAGUGUCCACCGGCUGGUGUCCUCAACUGGACCGUGCCAUUGCCACCGAGCCCCAAGCCCCCCGUCACGCCCGUGCCGCUGCCAAAGGAAGGGGCGCCGACGCUGCGCGUGCUGCACAUCAGCGACACGCACGUGGAUCUCGCGUACAGCGAAGGCAGCGAGGCGGACUGCAACGAGCCGCUGUGCUGCCACGCCGGAGACGUGCCCGCGUCCAGCGGAGGGCGACGGAAGGCGGGCCACUGGGGCGCAUUCGAAACGUGCGACAUCCCACCAAGGACCUUUGAGAACAUGCUCAAGACGGUCAGGGACACGCAGAAGAUCGACUACGUCAUCUGGACUGGGGACAUGGUGGCGCACGACGUGUGGAACACGUCACGGGCGGGCAACCUGGACAUCAUAGAGUACACGGUCAAGUCUCUCGAGAAGUACCUGCCCGGAGUUCCUAUCUACCCGGCGCUGGGCAAUCACGAGGGGAACCCAGUGGACAGCUUCCCCAUACCAGCAGUGAAAGGCAACCGGUCUGUCGAGUGGCUCUACACAGCACUGGCGUCGCAGUGGUCGCAGUGGCUGCCUGCAUCAGCGUCGGUGACCAUGCGAAGAGGAGCCUACUACGCUGUUACACCAUUCCCUGGGUUGAAGAUAAUUUCUCUCAAUAUGAAUUACUGCAACACACUGAACUGGUGGCUUUUGCUGGAUCCCCGAGACCCCGCCGAGCAGCUUGCUUUCCUCGUCAAUGAGCUUCAAGAGUCCGAGAUCAAAGGCCAGAAGGUCCACAUCAUUGGCCACAUCCCGCCUGGACAGGAGGACUGCCUGGAGGUCUGGAGUGACAACUACAACCGUAUUAUCGAACGGUUCGAAUCGACUGUGCGGGGCCAGUUUUUCGGGCACACGCACAAUGACGAACUGGAGCUCUUCUACGAGCACGCCCGUGAGCACCACCGGGGAAGGAGGCCGUUCUCGGUAGCCUACGUGGCGCCCAGCACUACCACGUUCAACUCGGGUCACCCCGCCUACCGUGUGUACGUCGUCGACGGAAACUACGCCAACAGCACGUGGGCUGUGCUGGACCACGAGACGUACUUAAUGAACCUGACCGAGGCAAACGUGGACCCAACACGAGAGCCCCGCUGGCAUCUGGAGUACGCGGCAAAGGCCGAGUUUGGCAUGCAGUCCCUGGAGCCAGCUGAAUGGGAUGACCUGCUGAACAAAAUGGAAUUCGACGACAAGCUAUUCGACAAGUUCUAUAGGUUCUACAGAAAACAGGACCCCACAGCGAAGCCCUGCAACAGCGCCUGUCGGAAGAGCUUCCUUUGCAAGCAACGCAUAUCCAAGUCGGCCGACUUGAAUACCUGUCGAUAAUGGAAAAGUUGAAGACGUGAACCGAUGUUACGGUCCUCAAGUGCAUGGAGACAUGUGAAUCUAAGAAAACUGCUCAACGCGCAUAAUUAUGUGGUUCUGGUGGUCGGACGGGUGCGUCAGUUCACUUUUCUGUAUGAGAUAACGAGCGUAAUUUUCUCCUUUGGUUCCGGCGCAACAAAAACACAUAUACACGGUUACUUGCAGCAUUGUCGUUAUGUAGGCCAUUACUUCAUUUUUUGUCUUAUCUUUCAAGAACCGCAUAGCAAGUGUGUCUGAAGCAGUAAAAGUGGGGAGCACAUGGGAAACAAUCGGUGGCAAAAAUUACACAUCGAACUUUUUUUGUCGUCGAGUACAUUGUGACAAAGCACAUUAUAAUACAGAAAUUCAAAUGUGGAAGUAACAUUGCUUUUCGUGUAGUUCAGCAUCUUGAAAAAAAUCCGUAACCAUCGUCAUAUGUAAUUGAA